CCCCGCCGCGACCCCCGCUUCUGCGGGUGUGUGCGGCUCUGCUGCCGCGGAGGUGCGGGGGCCGCGUCCAAACGGCGCCCUCCGGGACUGCGAGGAGUUCGCACCGAGUGCUCGGCCCCAAGCAGGAAGGGAGGAAAGAAAAGGAAGGACGGAAAAGGAAGGAAGGACGGAAAAGGAAGGAAGGAAGGAAGUUCGAGGGAAACAAAUUGUUGGCUUACGAGUGUAGAGUGCUAGAAUCUGAGCUGAGAAACAUCUCCAAGAUGAAAACAGACAGCUUGAUAAAAUUAUUUAGAACUUGAUAAAGGUAUUUAUAGAGUUGUGAGAAGCCAAAGACACAGAGGGGCCAAAGCGAGGGAGAGGAGGUGACCUGCCCGAGAAAGCACUUCUGUAGGGUUUGUCCCAGCUCUGAGGGCACCCCACCAAACUUGAGGACUCUAAGGUACAAAACAGCCCAAAAUUGCUUGUUCUUUACACAGUGGAGAAUGGGUGAAUCCUAAACCAAGGUCUCCACUAAAGAAGGUGAGUUUUAUGAGGGAAUAGUGAAGAAAUGAAGGGAAGCUGGUGUCAAGGGAGCCCAUCGGAAAGAGCCCAAGGAUAUUGUCAGCAGCCUGUCAGCUGCCAGGUGGCCUGAGACUGCACAGCUCUGGUGUGAAGGUUGGAAGGUGCAAGCCAGGAAGCGUCCAGCAGGAUAAAAACAGAUAUACGGAGUCUUCCUGCUGCUUUCAGGAGCACAUAGGCCUGGCAAAACCCACGGUAAAAUGGUUUUCCAGAAGUCCACCUGGAAUCACCGAACAUGUUGUUUUAUCGCACCAGAAAAUUUCAAGUUGGGAUGAAAAUGUGGGACGUAACGUGAUAGUGUUGAUGGCAUGAGGAACACACAAAGCAGUCCUACCUGCACGAGCAGUGAAAAUCUCUAACAGAGCAGCUCUCUCGUUUUCAACAAGACAGCAAAGCAGCAGGGUUGGGCACAGCUUCUACAUUCAAGUAAAAAAUUUGUCAUGUCAGUGUAGUAACUGAUUAGGAAGCUACCAGGACCCCAAAGACACGAAGUGUAUCCUCCAGAAGCUGAAUAAAACAAGGACGCAUUUAUGAAAUUCGGGUAUGGGGGGGCCCCGUGUCGGACUACAGCUCCCGGCAUGCUGUGCGGCCGGACUACAGCUCCCAGCAUGCGCCGCGGCCGUACCACAGCGCCCAGAGUGUCUCGCGCUUGCAAGAUGGCGGCGCCCAGGGGCGGCUCGGGCCCGGACAGCGACACCAGCUCGGACUCGGACAGCGGCGGUGAAGCGGCCGCGCGGUUUCGGGAGGCUGCCUGGGACUGCACCGCCCAGGCGGCGGCGGCGGCGGCGGCGGCGGCGCGGGCGGAGCCGCGCGGCGGGGGUUUUAGAAAGGAUCGGUUGCAGACUAAAGAUCAGCCAAGCCUGAGGCGUGAGGCAAUCAGCCGCGAGGAGGGUGACAAUGAGCUCCAGACGACUCCAGAGUUCAGAGCACACGUUGCAAAGAAACUGGGAACCAUGCUAGACAGUUUCAUCACUGUCUUGAAGGACUCAUCAGGACCAUCACAGCCUUCGGUGGCACAGUGUGACUCUGAAGAUGACGGUUUUCGCCUCUUCUCUUCCUCUGUCCCCGGAGACUGUGGGAAACCAGAGCCUUGUCCUGCAGCGAGGAGGAGGAGGCCAGUUAGCUCCAGUGACACAGACAGUGACCAAGAGUGGCAAAGGUACCGGGAGGCUGCCGUGUCAGCUGCGGAUAUUCUGAAGCAGAGUGCUUUUCCUGCAUUGUCCCAGGGUUCCAGCCAGGAUCAGAGCCAGGGUUAUGUAGAGCCCAAGCAGAAAAAGAAGAAGAAGAAGAAAAUUAGGAGAGAGAACAAUAUUCAAGAGAAAAUAAUAGACCCAGCAGAGUGUGACCAGAUCUGCAAAGAUUUGCCUCGGUUGGUGUCUGCAAAUGGCCAGCAGGAGAGACAGAACAGCAAUCACAGAGAGAACUCUGUGCUGCCAGGAGCUGUGAAGAAGAAAAAGAAGAAGAAAAAAGAAUGAUGAUUUUGCUCUGCAAACGGCAGGUGGUUGUGAUGGGUGAAGGAAACUGAAAGAAAACCUAACAACGAGAGUUGCUGCAGAUGAGGGAAAAUUAAUUGGCAAAGCUUCUGUUCUAAAAGCUCAGUGGCCUGAGAGACUAAUUAAGUGGCUUCCUGUGCUGCUGGUGUCCCUGAGGAAAGGAACAUUGUUCUCCUCACACAGCAGUUAUCUAUGCUGCUGCUUAGGCAGGCCCAAUCUAAAAGGAUUAAAUACUGUGCCAGACUUACAUGGCAGAGGGAUGUGAUCAUAGCUGCAUUCCUCCUGGUCUGUUCCUUCACAUCAUGAAACCUUUCUGGAGAAACUAGAUGAUGAAUUGAAUUUGGUUUACAUGGCAACAGGUGAUCAACUGCUUUUUCUCUUUGCCUCUUUGUAGACUGCUAAGAGCAGCUCCAGCCUGUGGGAGACUCAUUUAUCAAAAGCAUCCUGUCAGAAAUCAGGGCCCCUUAUUUUUUCCCUGCGAUCAUCAUAACAAUCUGUUGUUGAAACCUGCUGUGUCACUAAUCCCUCUGCAAUCUGCACCUCUCCAGGGCCCCUGCACAUAAACAGUGUGUGCUGAGCUGAUUUCAGCGUUGCUGUAGAUGCAUCCUACUGUUCCAGUUGUGUCCAUUGAAAAUUUUUUUCAUGUAUGGGGUUUUUUUAAUGGCAUCUGUUGUUAUUAAAUUUUACUACGCUCUUGGACCUACU